AUGUCAUCAGAAGUUGCUUCAUUCGCUGCGCUCCGCAAACAUCAAAGCGCGGAGCUCGCCAAGCUCGCCGAAGAGCACUUCAAGCAUGACCUGAAGGACCAGGACAAAACCGUGCUUGUAUCUGCGGCCAAAAAGGUCCAGACACACGCCCUCAUCGGGUCCCUGCUUGGAAUCUCGUUCGGCGCCUUCCUCGCCCUUCGCCUACGCGCAAACCGCAACCGUAUCUUCCAAGCCAUCAAAGCUGCUGAGAAGCCGACCCAUGUCAGGUUUGCAAGCGGACGCGAGGAGUCGAUCCCCGACAUCACUCCCUUGAUGAGGCCCAGCACAUUGGGAGAUAUCGCUGCAUAUACCUUCUUCAGCAUUGCGGGGCUUUUCGUGGGAGGCGAAUCAGGCUUUUUGACCGGAACCUGGUCCGCGAAGCGGACGAUUUCAAGUGACCCGGAGGUCAAAGCAAGGAUCGAGAAGGCCUUCAGAAGCUUCAGAGCGGAUGUCUUGCGAAAGCAAAUUGAGGAACUGGAGAGGGGGGAUAAGGGAGGUGAGACUGAGGUGUUGUUUGGAUGA